GCAUUUCAGCGUGACACGCAUGUGGAGGAAGUAAGCUGACAGGCAUUUGUCAGAGCCUCAUUUUUCUGACCGGCUUGCAUAAGUCUUGUAAUAUCAAUUGUCAGAAAAAAUGUCCUGGCUGUUUGGCCUUAACAGGGGGCAGCCUGAAGCCCCCCCACCCGGCCCGCAACCACCUCCGCCGCCAGCCCCGGCCGGUGGAACCGGUGGCGGUGGAGAUAAACUCAAGGACAAAUGGAGCAGCUUCGAUCCCACUGGGCUGGAGCGAGCUGCACAGGCAGCCAAAGACCUCGACAAGUCUCGCCAUGCCAAGGAAGCUUUGGACCUGUCUCGUAUGCAAGAGCAGACGGUACAGCUGGAGCAUCAGAGUAAAUUUAAGGAAUAUGAGGCAGCAGUGGAGCAACUGAAAGGAGAUCAAAUCCGUAUCCAGGCUGAGGAGAGAAGGAAAACCAUGAGUGAGGAGACCAAACAGAAUCAGGCGAGAGCCCAGUACCAGGAUAAGCUAGCUCGGCAGCGAUAUGAAGACCAGCUUCGACAACAGCAAGCCAUAAAUGAGGACAACCUUCGUAAGCAGGAGGAGUCUGUGAAUAAACAGGAGUCCAUGAGAAAAGCCACCAUCGAGCACGAGAUGCAGCUGAGGCACAAGAACGAGCUGCUGCGCAUAGAGGCGGAGUCCAAAGCCCGGGGCCGCGUGGAGCGGGAGAACGCAGACAUCAUCCGCGAGCAGAUCCGCCUGAAGGCGGCCGAGCACCGGCAGACCGUUCUGGAGUCUAUAAAGACUGCAGGGGCUGUGUUCGGAGAGGGCUUCAGGGCUUUUGUGUCGGACUGGGACAAAGUCACAGCUACGGUAGGAGGGUUGACCCUGCUGGCGGUGGGCGUCUACACGGCCCGCAACACGACCGCAGUGGCCGGCCGCUACGUGGAAGCCCGGCUGGGCAAGCCGUCCCUGGUCAGGGAGACGUCCCGCAUCACCGUGGCAGAAGCCAUCAAGCAUCCCAUCAAGACGACGAGGCGGUUGAGGAGCAAACCACAGGAUGCCUUGGAGGGAGUCGUGCUGAGCCCUUCACUGGAAGAGCGUGUGCGAGACAUUGCCAUAGCAACUCGAAACACACGGCAGAACCGUGGCCUUUACAGGAAUAUCCUCAUGUAUGGCCCGCCAGGAACCGGAAAAACUUUAUUUGCCAAGAAACUGGCGAUGCAUUCCGGGAUGGACUUUGCGAUCAUGACGGGAGGCGACGUGGCCCCCAUGGGUCGUGACGGUGUCACAGCGAUGCACAAAGUGUUCGACUGGGCCAACACCAGCCGGCGCGGAUUAUUGCUCUUUGUUGAUGAGGCCGAUGCCUUUCUACGCAAGCGAUCUACUGAAAAGAUCAGUGAAGACCUCAGAGCCACAUUAAACGCCUUCCUUUAUCGUACCGGAGAACAGAGCAACAAGUUUAUGAUGGUGCUGGCCAGUAACCAACCAGAGCAGUUUGACUGGGCCAUCAACGACCGUAUUGAUGAGAUAGUGAACUUUGCGCUGCCAGGCCCUGAAGAGAGGGAGAGGCUGGUGCGACUGUACUUUGAUAGAUACGUGCUGGAGCCGGCCACUGGAGGGAGGCAGAGGCUGAAGCUCGCCCAGUUUGACUACGGUCUCAAGUGUUCUGACAUUGCCAAGCACACAGAGGGGAUGUCUGGCAGAGAGAUCUCCAAGCUGGGAGUGGCCUGGCAGGCGGCGGCGUACUCCUCUGAGAGUGGGAUCCUGACGGAGGCCAUGAUCGACGCCCGCGUCCAAGAUGCUGUCAAACAGCACAUCCAGAAGAUGGACUGGCUUCACGGAGAGGGCGUGGAGAGCCUACAAGUGAGGCCCCCCCCUCCCAAGCAGGCCAAUACAGCAGGCGGCGAUGGGAAGAUAGGGUUCAUCCUGCCCGUCGCCGAGGUCCCCCAGGCCUCGGAAGUCGUCGCUCCGGUGGUCGAAAGCCUCAACCAACAGAUUCUGCCGCUCGCCAUGGCACCCCUGGCUCAGGAGGUGGUAGCAGCUACGGCUGACGUCAUCAGAGAGAUUCAGCCCCUCGCCCAGGACGUGGCGGCAGCUCCGGUUGUCGAAAGCAUCAACCAAGAGGUCCUUCCCCUGGCUGAGGCCCCCCUCGCCCAGGAGGUUGUCGCCGAGGUUGUCGAAAGCAUCAACCAAGAGGUGCUGCCCCUGGCCGAGGCCCCCGUAGCUCAGGAGGCGGUGGCUCAGGUGGCCGAGAACAUCAGCCCAGAGGUCUUGCCCCUCACCGAGGCCUCCCUAGCACAGGAAGCGGUCGCGCCCGUAGACGUCACCCAAGAGAUUCUGCCCUUCGCAAAGGAGGUGGUCGCUCCUAUUGACCUCAGCCAGGAGAUUCUGGCUGACGCCCCCGUAGUGACGGAGGUGGUCGCUCCGGUUGAGGUCGCCAAGGAGAUUCUGGCUGACGCCCCCCUAGCUCAGGAGGUCAUCGCCCCGGUUGACAUCGCAGUUGACCUCACCGAGACCCCCCUAGCUCAGGAGGUCAUCGCCCCGGUUGACAUCGCAGUUGACCUCACCGAGACCCCCCUUGCUCAGGAGGUCAUCGCCCCAGUUGAGAUCACGGAAACCCCCCUAGCUCACGAGGUCAUCGCCCCGGUUGACAUCGCCGUUGAAAUUACUGAGACCCCCCUAGCACAGGAGGUCAUCGCCCCAGUUGACCUCUCCGAGACCCCCCUAGCUCAGGAGGUCAUCGCCCCAGUUGACCUCACCGAGACCCCCCUAGCUCAGGAGGUCAUUGCCCCAGUUGACCUCACCGAGACCCCCCUAGCUCAGGAGGUCAUCGCCCCAGUUGACCUCACCGAGACCCCCCUAGCUCAGGAGGUCAUUGCCCCAAUUGACCUCACCGAGACCCCCCUAGCUCAAGAGGUCAUCGCCCCAGUUGACCUCACCGAGACCCCCCUAGCUCAGGAGGUCAGCGCCCCAGUUGACAUCGCUGUUGACCUCACCGAGACCCCCCUAGCUCAGGAGGUCAUCGCCCCAGUUGACCUCACCGAGACCCCCCUAGCUCAGGAGGUCAUCGCCCCAGUUGACCUCACCGAGGCCCCAGUUGACCUCACCGAGGCCCCCGUAGCUCAGGAGGUCAUCGCCCCAGUUGACCUCUCCGAGGCCCCCCUAGCACAGGUCAUCGCCCCGGUUGACCUCAUCAAAGAGGAGAUGGCUCCGCCUACUUCAACCACCGUUGACCUGACGGAAGAGAGCAAAUCUGCUCCAGUUGAGGACGGCAUUAAACAGGAGAUUGCCCCACCCACUUUGAACGCCGUUGAGCUGACGGAAGAGAGCAAAUCUGUGCUACCAGUGGAUCAGGUCUCUGACGUUGGAGUCAAGGCAGAGAGCGUAGGUGAACCUGCUGCUGCUACUCCUUCCAGUGAGAAGGAAAAGGAGGUAAAGACUGUAUCUCCUCCGCCAAAGGAUGGAACCCCCGUGUGAGGAGGAUGGUUGAACCACAACGGAGGUGCUGGGAUCAAACAAAAGAAAAAGAGUAUGCUGGCCCUUGUACCCAAGUGAUGUCUGUGUCUGACGUGUUCAGAACCACACCGCUGGAAUAUGGGGAAUGCAAGGGGCCACUAAAAUCGGUGACCUUAAAAUAUGCCUGACACUGAUUCAUGUUGAUAUAUCUGUCAAAGUGUACUUUCUAUGGAAACCGUAUGUCUUUAAUUAUUGUUUACAAAUUAUUAACAUUACAAAUAGUAACAUUAUUAAAAUUGUGUGAUUGUGAUUUUCUAUAUAAAUGAUAACAUUCAAUAA